AUGGCGGGCGUAUCUCUGAAGUGCGGGGACUGUGGGGCUCUCCUGAAGUCCGUGGAGGAAGCCCAAGAGCAUGCCGAGCUUACCUCCCACUCCAACUUCUCUGAGUCAACCGAAGCUGUUCUCAACCUCGUCUGUUCUUCUUGCGGCAAACCAUGCCGAUCCAAAACCGAAAGUGAUUUGCAUACCAAAAGAACGGGGCAUACUGAGUUUGUUGAUAAGACUGCGGAUACAGUAAAGCCAAUAAGUUUGGAGGUUCCAAAGGUGACAGCUUCAGAGUCCGAAGAGGCUGUUGGUGCAAGUAGCCAGGCAGAAGAAAUGGUUGUUCCAGAGGUUGACAAAAAGCUGCUUGAGGAACUCGAAGGAAUGGGAUUCUCAACAGCGCGGGCAACCCGUGCACUUCACUAUUCUGGUAAUGCAAGCCUGGAGGCUGCAGUCAAUUGGGUGGUUGAACAUGAGAAUGAUCCAGACAUAGAUCAAAUGCCUUCAGUACCAGUCAACACCAAAGUUGAGGCUCCAAAACCUUCUCUCACGCCAGAGCAAUUGAAAGCCAAGCAACAAGAGCUUAGGGAGAAAGCUCGCAAGAAGAAAGAAGAAGAGGAGAAGAGAACGGAAAAAGAAAGAGAAAAGGAGAGGAUUCGAGUAGGCAAGGAACUCUUAGAAGCGAAGAGAAUGGAAGAAGAAAAUGAAAGAAAACGGAUUAUAGCCUUGCGAAAAGCGGAAAAAGAAGAAGAGAAAAGAGCUAGGGAAAAGAUUCGUCAAAAAUUGGAGGAAGAUAAGGCGGAAAGGAGGAGGAGACUUGGUUUGCCACCAGAAGAUCCUUCAACUGCAAAACCUGCUGCACCUGUUGUGGAAGAGAAAAAGAGCUCAUUGCCCAUAAGGCCUGCUACAAAAGCAGAGCAAAUGAGAGAAUGUUUGCGAUCUCUCAAGCAGAAUCACAAGGAGGACGAUGCCAAUGUGAAGAGAGCAUUCCAGACUCUUUUAACUUUUGUAGGGAAUGUUGCCAGAAAUCCCGAUGAGGAGAAAUAUAGAAAAAUAAGACUCACUAACCAAUCUUUCCAGGUAGAACAACUUAUCAUGCACAGAAAACAGCCAUCUGCUGAGAAAUCAUUUCCUGUUAUAUGA